AUGUACUUCGAUUCUGAGAACCUGUCGCAGGAUAAUCGCAUACAGACACUGCUCUGGCUUGCGGUUCGGAACUUGGUAAACGUACAUACGCUGCGAAUAAUCUACGGACACUACAACUUGACGCGAAUACUGCUGGCGGCGUUCUUGGAUCGGAGGCGGCCACAACGCGUAUCGCUGCGUAAACUGUGGGUGGAGAGCUCGUGCUUGUCAGGAUUUGGAACGAACUAUAACGACUUACUCUCACCCGAAUAUGCUACAGGUCUGGAAUCAGUACGUAUUCGUCGUCUGCGCGUAGAGCCCGAAGAGACCACAGCGCGAAGCAAGGCACAGUUUGAGUACAAGCUCGCCCGCGGUGGUAGACAUCUUGCAAUGCACAACGCUGCUGGUGGCUUCUUAUAUACCACCGUGGACAUACACACUCCGCCACCCCGAAUGACACCGGCAAUCGUGCUCCCAACCCCUGCGGAGCUAAGAGCGAAAGCAGACGCUUACGACACGUUGAUAUGGGACAGACUUAACUUUGAUGGUCCGGAGAUUCAACCCUAUGUUGACUCAAACCAGUUUCCCUAUCCUAAUCUGAAGUCGGGGCCUACAAAUCCUAUGAUGAACAUCAUUGGAAAGUCAUGGUCAACGCUGACCAGCUUGAACCUAGAUUGGAUUCUCUGGCGCCAAAACGGCUCGAGUAACGACACUAUAGCAAUCAGCGACCUACAGCAACUCUCACAGCUAAGGUUCCCAAACUUGCGGUCGUUCCAACUACGUAAUGCCGUGGUCCCAGAGACAGGGUUGCCUGAGGGCGUGUUUCUCUUGGAGGACAUGUUCCUAAGUUUCAUGGAGGCACACACAAAGAUACAAUGCCUUGCAUGGCCGUUGGAUCGUUUCUACUCCCAUCUGAAGCCGAGCCCUGAUGUGUUGGUCCGGACACGGGUUGUUGUGGCCCAUCUCCGCAAUGUGCUUGUCGAAUUACGGCUGGACAGCUUCUACUCUGCGAAUGGGGAAAUGAACACAGACGAUGGUCGGGAGCCUCACGAGCGGGAAGAGCGCAUCCGCCGUCGCCGCUUCAUCAGCGAUUUCGCCGCUCACAUGCGCAAGAUCGAACAGCUCAAGCUCGAAGGCGGCAUUCCUCGUGAUGAGAAGAGGGAGCUAGUACGAGCGCUACACUAUUGCCGGUUGAAGAAGCUUGUUCUCAUAGGGGUCACCUUCCCCGUUGGGAAUACCUGGGGCGCGCGAGGAGUAGAUCUAAAGCAGCACGAUCCGAAUCAUGCCUCCGAUGCGACGCACCAGCUUGAAGAAGAGGAUUUCGAUGGCAUUCUGGCAUCGUACAAGAACGGAACAGUGGUUUCUGAUGACUUCAUGUUUGAGCCGUACUAUGGUUGGCGCGCAGAAGCCCCGUUCAUGCAGUUUAUCGCCCUCCACCACGCACAGACCAUCGAAGAAUUGAAGCUGUGUGGUUACAACGGCAGUCCCAUCCUCUCGUGUUUGACACCAAUAACCACCCCGCUCCUCUACCCUCUACGGCACUUCGACAACCUGAAGCAAUUGGUUCUAUCCUUCUGGCUUCUGACGUCUUUCGAGGAUCAGUACCGCGACACUGAGAUUAUUCAAUCGUGGAUGGACACGCGUUCACCGGCCUCUACAGCACUUGUCGUUGUCACGCCGCCGGCAACUCCAUCAAGCGCUCCACCCGUGGACCCUGCAAUGAUGCCUCGAUUUCCCAGCCAGCCCUCUCGGCAGCAGAACUUCAAUCGCUGGGCAGUCAUGCUGAAAACGCGAUUCACGCCCAGUGCCCUCGCAUACCGCGUUGCGGAGGACGUUGCGCCUCAUCUGAGCGAAGUGGCCAAAGCAAGGCCUGGGGGUGUGCGCGUUCGAGCAAGCUUCUGUUUGGGAACGAGGGAAGAGAUGCGAUCUGCGAAUGAUAUCUUUGAUCUGGAUAUCCGCAUUGGGAGGCAGGGAAAGGUGUUAGAGUUUGUUGGACCGAGGGAAGAAGUGGAGAAGGGAAGAUACUGGCAGAAGUUGGAGAACAGGCGAUGGUUCUAG